AUGAGAAAACAACAACACCAACUGUGACCAAUUUGACCAUUCCACAACAACAGCAAAUAACAACACUGUUAAAGCAAAAUGAUAAUUUAUUUGCUGAUAAUCUCUCCCAACUUGGGCAUACGAAGGUUGAAAACCAUUAUAUACCAAUUAAAGUAUCAAUUCCUGUUAGACAAAGAGCUUAUCGUGUAGCUCCACCUGAACAAGACUUUAUUAAGAAAGAAAUCAAUAAAAUCGCUACUCGAGUAUAUCAUUUAUUUGAAACUUUUGGUGCUCAACAAAUUAUGGUAACUCAAAUCUUGACAUUAACGAUGGUUAAAACACUCAAGUUCUCUGAAUUUCAAGACCUCCUUUGUAAGGCAAUGGAAAUUUCUGUUGGUACAGAAAUCUUAAGC